AUGCGGUCCACAACAUUGUCUGGAGCUGCGCUGCUGUCGCUGCUUCAGUUUAUUCAUCCUGUUUACAGCACCGCUUCAAAUGAUCGCGUCGCAGAAUGCCUGAGCAGGAACGGCGGAUCAAGCACAGGACCCCAGUUCAGCAAGAACGUGUACAAGACCGAUUUCGCUGGAGUGACCUGGGACGAAGACAAUUGGCUGCUCAGCACAACGCAAUUGAAGCAGGGCGCGUUUGAAUCACGCGGUUCUGUGGCCAAUGGCUAUCUCGGCAUCAAUGUCGCCAGCGUCGGACCUUUCUUUGAAGUCGACACAGAAGAGAAUGGCGACGUUAUCAGCGGCUGGCCCUUGUUCUCGAGACGCCAAUCUUUUGCAACCAUUGCUGGAUUCUGGGACUCCCAGCCAGUCAUGAACGGGACAAACUUCCCGUGGAUCUCACAGUAUGGCUCCGAUACUGCCAUCAGCGGCAUUCCCCACUGGAGCGGGCUCAUCUUGGAUCUGGGUGACAAUACCUAUCUUGAUGCUACGGUUGAUAACCGAACAAUCUCCAACUUCCGAUCGACCUAUGACUACAAGGCUGGAGUUUUGAGCUGGUCAUAUAAGUGGACUCCCAAAGGCAAAAAAGGAAGCUUCGACAUCAGCUAUCGCAUCUUCGCCAACAAAUUAUACGUGAACCAAGCCGUGGUUGAUAUGGAAGUUACCUCAUCCAAGAACGUGCAGGCAUCAAUUGUCAAUGUUCUCGAUGGCUUUGCUGCCGUACGCACCGACUUUGUGGAGUCUGGACAAGACGGCAAUGCCAUCUUCUCCGCCGUACGACCAAACGGCGUUUCCAAUGUGACGGCGUUUGUGUAUGCUGACAUUACCGGCUCUGGGGGCGUAAAUUUGGCGAGUCGCAAGAUUGUCAAGGGCAAGCCAUACGUACACACCAACGCAUCUUCCAUUGCACAGGCUGUUUCAGUCAAGUUUUCAGCAGGACACGCCGCCCGAGUGACUAAAUUUGUUGGAGCUGCAUCCUCCGAUGCCUUCAAGAACCCCAGACAAAUUGCCAAGAGUGCAGCAGCUGCAGCACUGAGCAACGGAUACGCCAAGUCUCUUAACUACCACGUUAAGGAGUGGGCAACUGUCAUGCCUGAGAGUUCUGUCGACAGCUUCGCCGAUCCCAAGACUGGCAAGCUUCCAGCCGACAACUACAUCAUCGACUCUGCCAUCAUGGCCGUCACCAACGCUUACUACCUUUUGCAAAACACAGUGGGCAAAAAUGGAAGCAAGGAAGCCAACGGAGCCCCAGUCAAUGUUGACAGUAUCUCUGUCGGCGGACUGACUUCCGACUCCUACGCCGGACAAGUCUUUUGGGAUGCUGAUCUCUGGAUGCAGCCCGGUCUGGUUGCAGCUCAUCCAGAAGCUGCUGAAAGAAUCACAAACUACCGUCUGGCGAGAUACGGCAUGGCCAAGGAAAACGUCAAGACUAAAGCUGCGGGUUCCCAAAAUGAGACGUUCUUCUCUGCUGAUGCUGCCGUAUUCCCGUGGACCAGUGGCCGUUAUGGAAACUGCACUGCUACUGGCCCCUGCUGGGACUACGAGUAUCAUUUGAAUGGAGAUAUUGGCCUCUCUCUCGUAAACCAGUGGGUUGUUAGCGGCGAUACCAAGAACUUCCAGGAGAACCUUUUCCCGAUUUACGACUCAAUCGCUCAGCUGUACGGAAACAUGCUAAAGCCCAACAAGACGUCGUGGACAUUGACCAACAUGACUGAUCCUGAUGAAUACGCAAACCAUGUCGAUGCUGGCGGAUACACAAUGCCUCUCAUUGCGGAACACCUGCAGAACGCAAAUACGUUCCGCAAGCAAUUCGGCAUCGAGCAGAACAAGACUUGGGCCAAAAUGGCGUCCAACUCGCUGGUGCUUCGAGAAAAUGGAGUCACAUUGGAGUUUACUACCAUGAACGGUAGUGCUGUUGUCAAACAGGCUGAUGUGAUCAUGAUCACUUAUCCUUUGUCUUACACCACCAACUACAGCUCCGAAGACGCUCUAAACGAUCUUGAUUACUAUGCCAACAAACAAUCUCCUGAUGGACCUGCCAUGACCUACGCCUUCUUCUCUAUUGUUGCCAACGAAAUUUCUCCUUCAGGAUGCUCAUCGUACACCUACGCUCAAUACGCCUAUAAGCCCUACGUUCGCGCGCCAUUCUACCAAAUCUCAGAACAACUCAUUGAUGAUGCCAGCAUCAACGGCGGUACUCACCCGGCCUAUCCAUUCCUCACUGGCCACGGCGGCGCCAACCAAGUCGUUCUCUUUGGCUACCUUGGACUCCGGCUCGUGCCCGAUGACUUCAUUCACAUCGAUCCAAACUUGCCUCCGCAGAUUCCUUACCUCAGAUACAGGACGUUCUAUUGGCGCGGCUGGCCCAUCUCCGCUUGGUCCAACUACACUCACACCACUAUCAGCCGUGCCAGCGGCAUUGCUGCGCUUGAUGGUGCGGAUCAGCGCUUUGCUGGAAAGACUAUUACCAUCCACUCUGGAUCCGAGGAAAGCCCCAAGGCUUACCAACUGCCCGUUAAGGGAUCUGUUGUCGUUCCUAACAGGCAGCUUGGCUCUCAGCAAACUUACGCUGGCAACCUGGUUCAGUGCAACGCCGCCAGCUCCCCUGAUACUUAUGUGCCUGGUCAAUUCCCGAUUGCAGCUGUGGACGGUGCUACGUCGACCAAGUGGCAGCCUGCCUCUGCUGCCGACGUAAGCUCCAUUACUGUGACGCUCGAUAAGGAGGAUGUGGGAUCUUUGGUCUCGGGCUUCCAUUUCGACUGGGCUCAGGCACCUCCAGUCAACGCAACUGUCAUUUUCCACAACGAGGCCAUCAGCGACCCAGCGGCAGCUUUCAAGUCGCAAAAGCACAACUCGAACUUCAAGGUCGUCACAUCUUUGACCAAUAUUAAGCAGUCCAAUCCUUAUGACGUUCAUACUACUGACUUGAACGUCAUUGCCAUUCCCAUUGGUAACACGACUAAUGUCACCUUGUCUACGCCCGUUGCUGCCUCUAGAUACGCAUCGCUUCUCAUUGUGGGCAACCAGGGUCUCGACCAUGUGGACGCCGUGGCAAAGAACGGCACCGGUGCUACAGUCGCGGAGUGGGCUAUCUUUGGACACGAAAAGGGACAUACAAGCACUUCAAACUCUCAUGAAAAGAGAAAGUUGAAUGUGCGAGCUGCUGCCGCAAUGGCUGAUCCAGCGAACCUUGUGCGUCGGCCUCAGUAA